AUUAUACUCCAACGUAUAAUUGUUUAGUUGAAUACAUUAAAAAAAAUGAAGAGGCAUAGGUUUCCUGAUCGGGAAGUAGGCGAGGUGGAGGUGGAGAGCAUCAACAUGGCCAACAUGUUGAUGUUCCUCUCGCGGGGCGACGGCGGUGGCGGUGGCAGCGGCUACGGCGGAGGCGAAACUGAUAGUAAUUCGCAAAGAGUGUUCGAGUGCAAGACGUGCGGGCGGAGAUUCCCGUCGUUCCAGGCGCUCGGCGGCCACCGCGCCAGCCACAAGAAGCCGAGGCUGUCGGGGGACUCUGCGGAGGCGGCGGAGGCCGCGGUCGCGAAGCCGAGGGUGCAUGAGUGCUCCAUUUGUGGGCUCGAGUUCGCUCUGGGCCAGGCGCUCGGCGGACACAUGCGACGGCACCGCGCUGCUGUGGCGGCGGCGGAGGAAGAGGUGGAAGGGUGUGGAAAUUUCAGAAUUGUUCUGGAAAAGAAACACGAACGCAAAGGAGAAGAUGAGAAACGGGGGUCGUGGCUCGACUUGGACCUCAACAUGGCGCCUCCGUUGGUGGAUUUCUUUCAUUAA